UACAUGUCUUCAGCUCUCCAGGUCCACCUCCUUUUCCUAUUCUCGCGCUGCAAACGCUCCGCUCCGGCGCCAUGGCGGCGCGGCUCCUAGGGCGGCCCUGGGCCGCGGCGGAGGGUCUCGGGCGCCUGCCGGGAGGAUGCUGGGGCCCGGGCAGCGGUGGAGGCGUGCGCUAUAACCGAGGCGUUUUCAAGGCUCGCAUGCGGCCACUGGAGCGCGCGGUGCUGCGCGCUUGGAGGGACGAGCAGCGGAAUGUGCGAAAGUACGGCAUCGCGCGCUUCAACAAGAGAUGGCGAUCCUGGGCACAGAACCGCGUGCGGCAGUUCCGCUUCCCCUUGCCCGUGACCUUGACCGCGGAUACGAGCUUGAUGGAUGCCACAUAUGUGAUGCGAUGCGUGCAGAAGGCCGCAUCCUUGCGAAAGCAUGAUGUGAAACUUUGGUUCGGCUACUCCAAGCGUUUACUGGAGCUACGUGAUGAGCUCACGGCGGAGCAGUUGGGCUAUGUCCUUUGGGGCUAUGGCAAGAGCAGCUUUGUAGAUGCCAACUUCUACCAGGAGAUGCUGCCAGUGGUGAAACUGAAGCUCCAGGGCUUUCAAUCCCACGCGCUGAUGUCACUCAUGUGGUGUUUGAAGCGCUUGAAGUGGUACGAUGCGGAGCUGAACCGGCGAGCGGCCCAGCAUUCCUUGGAGAUCAUCGAGCACUUGCGGCCCUCUGAUUUCAUCAAGGUGGCCAAUGCCCUGGCUCAGCUGGGCUUGCAGGACGAACUCGACUCGGACUCGCUGGAUCGAGGGCUCAAGGAGGCGCUGUGUCGCGUGGCGGUGGAGAAGUUGGAAGAGACCUUUGCGCAGCAGUUUCGGGAUGCCAUGCACCCCGUGACCAUCGGCUACCUGUGGAAUGAUGAGGUGACUGCCUACAUCCUAGAGCGCUUUCGACGGAUAUUUAUCACCGCAAGGCCAAUGCACUUGCAGAAAGCGUACGAGUCCGCGGUGGUCUCGCGCAUUCAGAAGCCGGAGGUGUGGCCUCGGCUCUCUCAAGAUUCCAAGUCCUUCUAUGUACGCCUUUCACAGAGGCAUAUUUCAGAUCGAGGGCGCAGGCCCAGCUCGGUGCAACGCGACGUCUCGCGGCAUCUGGCAGACUUGGGCGAGGCGCAUCGGAACUCCUUCCGAUGGGGUCCGCUGUACAUUGACAUCGGGCUGGAGCAGUUGGAGGUGGACGAGCGCCGCCGUUGUUUGAUGGUGGAUAGCCCCUCCUCCUUCUUCUUCAGUAGCGAUCAAUACCUUCCCUACAAGCGCUUGCAGCAUUCUUUGCUCACGAGUCUGGGCUGGGACGUGCGCCGUGUGCGCUGGGACGAGUGGCUCGAGCUGCCAGAUGCUCAAAGGAAGCGGGAAUUCCUUCAGCAGCUGCUGAGCGGCUCGAGGCCCAUCGCAGAGGAGCUGAAGGACCGGCCCGCCGUGCCGGUGUCCGAGCUACAAGACAAGCUCAGGCGCUUCAAAAGCUGGAAAUUGGAGCUGGAAGCGGCCGAGCGUCAAACGGAGAAAAUUGAUUUCGAGAUUUAGGCGCAA